AUGUACAUGGUAGAGAGCAAAGGAGGCGCAAUUGGGUGUAUGGUUGGGGCAUUAGUGCUGCUUGGGAGUUGGCCGGCCAUGCUUGCCGAGCUCGAGCGCCGUGGCAGACUUCCCCAGCACACUUACCUCGAUUACUCACUCACCAACUUCUUCACCGCUUGCUUAUUAGCCUUCACAAUCGUUUGUCUUGGUUCAGCCGUUCAUUCAUCUAAUGCGGCCGAUAAUGCAGCAAAACUCAAGAUAGCACACAGUAGCACAAAGGACAAUAUUGAAAAUGGAAGUCGCGACGAUGAGGGAGAGCGAAAGCAAUUCGGGUCGGCCAACCAUCUCAUCGAGCUCGAGAACAACCGAGCAAUUAAGGUGUUGGGUAAGAGUAUAUGGGUGGGUCUCGGCAUAACCUUGUUUGGCGGCAUGUGUUAUGCCCUAUUCUCCCCUGCUUUCAACUUGGCCACCAACGACCAAUGGCAUGCUAUGAGACACGGAGUAGCGCACCUCGUUGUGUACACCGCAUUCUUCUAUUUUUCCUUAUCUUUUCUCGUUGUUGCACUUGUUCUCAACAUAUGGUUACUUUACCGGCCUCCAUUUAACCUGCCGAAAUCGUCCUUUAAGGCCUACAUUAGAGAUUGGAAUGGGAGAAAUUGGGCGCUUUUGGCAGGUGUGGUUUGUGGAUUGGGGAACGGGCUGCAGUUCAUGGGAGGUCAAGCUGCGGGUUAUGCAGCAGCAGAUUGUGUCCAGGCUCUCCCACUGGUAAGCACCUUUUGGAAAAUAGUGGUUUUAGGGGAGUACCGGAGAUCGUCCAAGCGGACAUAUGUAUUGCUGGUGAGCAUGUUGAUAAUGUUCAUUGUGGCCGUUGGUGUGCUAAUUGCAUCAUCUGGACACCGAAAAGCUAGCAGCUAAACCUAAUAAUUGGCAGACUGGUUUAUUAGUUCAAUAAAAUAUAAUAAUGUAUUCAGGCAGGAGAUCA